CGUUUGGUUUCUGCACAUUUCUCCAGUCACCUCUCACACGUGAACAGUCACAGCCUCUGGAUCGCUCUCUGUCCCGGGAUGUCUCUCCUCUGGGCCGUCCUCAGCUGGACGAGCCUCUGUCGGGUCCUGGUUGUGCUCGCUGCAGGACUGGGAGCCCUGGUUUCGGUUUGGACGGCGAGGCUGUUGGCGCGACACGCCUGGUUCACGUACAGGCUGUCCUGCUUCAGCAAGCCACAUGCCAACUCCUGGCUGUUGGGCCACCUGGGCCAGAUGCAGAGCUCGGAGGAAGGCCUCCUGCAGGUGGACGACUUGGUGCGGAUGUACACGCACUCCUGCAGCUGGUUCAUCGGCCCUUUCUAUCACCUGGUCCGGCUCUUCCACCCUGACUACGUCAAACCUCUGCUCAUGGCACCUGCCAGCGUUACGAUAAAAGACGAGCUCAUCUACGGUCAUCUGCGUCCGUGGCUCGGGCAGAGCCUGUUGCUAAGCAACGGGGCGGAAUGGUCUCGCAAGAGACGGCUGCUGACUCCGGCUUUUCACUUCGACACCCUUAAGGACUACGUGGUCAAGUUCAACACUUCCACCGACACCAUGCACGAGAAGUGGCGCCACUUGGUCGCAAAGGGCACGGCGACCGUCGAGAUGUUUGACCACGUCACUCUGAUGACACUGGACAGUUUGUUGAAAUGUGCCUUCAGCUACACAAGCGACUGUCAGAAGUCGACCAGCGAGUAUGUGUCCGCCAUAGUGGAGCUGAGCGAGCUGGUGAUAGACCGCCGGCAAAAGAUUCUGCACCACUGGGACUGGUUUUACUGGAAAACGGAGCAGGGAAAGCGCUUCAGAAAGGCCCUCAGCACUGUGCACAGGUUCACCAGGGAGGUGGUCCAGAAGCGUCGAGCUCUGAUCAGCCAGCAGACGAAGACAGAUACCGACGUGUCCACAGCACCGCGGAGAAAGAAGGAUUUUGUGGACAUCAUACUGCUGUCAAAGGAUGAAGAUGGACGAGGACUCACAGAUGAGGAGAUACAGGCGGAGGCCAACACCUUCAUGUUCGCAGGUCACGACACAACAGCCAGUGCGAUCUGCUGGACGCUGUAUAAUUUAGCACGCCACGAGCACUAUCAGGAGAAAUGCAGGCAGGAGGCGAUGGAUCUGAUGCAAGGACGAGACCGGCAUGUAGUGGAGUGGUUAGAAAACACACACAAACAUAUCUCGAUGGAGGAUCUGUCCAACCUUCCCUUCACCACCAUGUGCAUCAGGGAGUCUCUCCGGCUGCACGCUCCUGUGCAGGCCGUCACCAGGAAGUACAACCAGGACAUGGCGCUGCCAGGGCGUCGGAUCGUACCAAAGGGGGCCAUCUGUCUGGUCAGUAUUUACGGGACACACCACAACCCUGCCGUUUGGACCAGCCCUGAUGUGAGAAAUGAAGGGAGACACAUCGUAAGACUUCUGUUCACUUGUCGCUUUUUGAGCCGUUUGAUUUAUUCUCUUUCAGGAGUUUUGUCCCCUGCGUUUUGGCCCCGAGUGCACAGCGGAACGGGCUUCCCACGCCUACAUCCCCUUCUCCUCGGGCCCCAGGAAUUGCAUUGGGCAGAAAUUCGCCCUGGCACAGCUUCGGGUCGUCGUGGCGUUGACCCUGCUCAGGUAUCGCCUGACCCCGGGGGUGAACCCCGAACUCGGGGCCAGGUCUGGGGGAGUGCGCCGUCUCCCUCAACUCGUCCUGCGUGCGGAGGGAGGUUUGUGGCUGCAGCUUGAGCCUCUGAUCCCGCACGACCUGGAGGAGUCUGAUGACUGACACCGAACAGAAACACAGCUUUUCAGCCCUGUUCUCGGUGUUUAUGUGUUGUCUCUAAAUAUAUCUGUGACAUUUGUUAGGCUUCAUGACUCUUUUAUGAUCACUUUUCAAUUAAUUUAAUUUGCAUUUAACAUUUUUAAGUUGGUUUUGAAAAAUUGCACACAAAAAAAGUAUUCUCAUCCUUAAACUCAAGUUCAAAGACAAGUUUAGAAAAAUAAAUUAAAAGGAAAUAUCUGUAUUGCUAAUAAUUGCAUCUGAUUUGCAUACUAAUGACAAUAUUCCUGUGGAUACAUGAUGCAUGUAUUUCAGCUCUAGUGUUUAUCAGAUUACAUACUUAUGUUGUAAUUAAAGUAUAACAUGGAGCUUA